GAGUGGGCGGGCUUACAGAGAGACCCGGAAACAGGAACCGAGAGAGAAGCCGCACCUGGGCAGCCAUCUUACUCUCUCUCCCGGGAACAUGACCGGGAAAUCGGUUCGGGAUGUGGAGCGCUACCAGGCUGUGCUGUCCGAGCUGCUGCUGCGGGAGGAGAACAAGUUCUGUGCGGACUGCCAGGCCAAAGGUAACGGCUGGUGACCGGGUAUGGCAUAGCUGUCUGCCCCCCGGCUAACCUGGAGCCGGUACCGGGGAUUAGCUCCAUGGCACAGGAUAGCUCCUAACACUGCAGGCAUCAGCCCUCUCUCCAUGCUGCCCUAUGGGGGGGGUCAAUGGGGCCUCACAGAGCCAUGCCCAAUACUUGGCCAUGGAGCCAGCACUGUGCCCUAACACUAAGGGCAGAGGGCACUGCUGCACAGACUGCUAUCUGAUCACUCCUUUUAUAGAGCAGCAUUACCUUCCACUGCCCCCAUUGCCAUGUCCUCCUGCCCAGUGUACUACAGUGAAUUAUUAUUGUACAUCCUCUUUAUCUGACAGUAUGUAACCUUACUGCGGGCAAACUAGUAAGUGGUAAACUCCUGUGAGCAGGGCACUCAGCAUCCUCUGCAAUGACAUGUCUACUAGUCAACCCAUUGUACAGCGCUACAGAAUUUGUUGGCGUUUUUAAUAAAAAAAAUAAAGGGACUCUUCCUCAAUCCUAGUCAUUCCGACAGCACCUUCCAUUGCGCAAUCUCUUUCUAACCGUGUUACGGUGGCCAUAUAAUUAUAAAGCGGAUCAUGUGCCGAGGCUGAAGUUUUGAUUUUGUUGUUUUAUUUGGUCAGUUUCUUUUUUGUGGAAGGUAGUUUUUUUUUUUUUUUGGCUCCGUUAUUUAAAUGUAAAAUUCUACUUUUCGUUGCAGUACAACCCAAAUGUAAAUAAUUACUUUUUUUUUUAGAUUGGUCCAAUGUUAACUAGGGCAUACAAACAGUGCCAACUCUACCAUGGGUACUGUUAUCUCAUUUUGAAUAGGUAACUGAUGUUUUCAUGGUGUUAAUUGCUAUUGGGCCACUGAUUUUCACACGCAUUUAUACACAGUAGGCUGGCCAGUAUUAACCACACUUGUCUUGAGCCUGGUCCAAUUCGAUCCCAGACAUGAAUUUCAUGGGAAACCUGUGGAAGGAACUAAAGAGAGCUGUACACAGGAAAUCCUCCUCUCACUUUGAGGGAGUGUAUGUGUGUGAUGUUUUUAUUGUGAAUGUGUUUGUAUAUUGAAGUAUGUCUUUGUGUAUGAGUCAGGCUGUUGUAUGUUAGUGUGUAUGCUUGAUUGUGUGUAGCUGUGCAUGCAUCAGGCUAUUUAAAGCUGCGCUGUCACAUUCUGGGGACUUUGCAGAAUUUGCAAAGACUCCCGAUGGUGGCAUCAGCAUUGGUGGUCAGGGGGAUGGCAGGUAAAGGUGAGAUUUGCUUACCUGAACCUGUCCCUCGUGAGUGUGUUGAUCUUCCUUCAGGUGAUCCUUUACAUCGCCACAAGCAGAUGUUGUUGCUGUACUCUUGCGCAUGCAUGAGAAUACAGAAUUGAGAUAUUUGGAGGAUCCCAAAAGCCAAUUCCCUGCAGCCAUUACUCGUGACGGGGUGGAUUUGCCAGGUGUCUAGUUGUAGGAAAAAUAUAGAGACCCCCAUUUGUCUCAUAUCUUUUGACUGGUUUAGAAUUUCAGAUUCUAUCUUCAUGAAAUACUCAUUUUUGUGUGUGUGGGAGGGGGGUGGGGGGGUGACAUUCUAUGUGUAUCUAUGUGUCCUUGACCAAUCUGUGUAAUUGUGUGUUAAUCUAAAGACGGAUAUAUAAAAAAUAAAAAAUUAAAAAAAAACCUAGUAUGUCCUUGGUGUUACAGGUUUUGUUAAACCGCUAUGAACACUAAAAUCCAUACCUGUAUUGCACAUUAGAUAUCUGUAAAUCUUAUUGAAAAGAUAAUUUUGUUCAUUCUGAACUCUACUGUGUAAAUCCAUGUGAACAUUUGUGGCUCAACCACAAUUAACCCUUUGAAAAAUCAUCAGUUACUUGUUCAGCAUGUCUUGGUUCAUCAAUUCUGAGGUUUGACUACAGUUUACUGGCCAAAGUAAAAUGAUGUUGCAAAAUUGUAUGCCUGGCGUUUCCCCCUAAAUGUUUUAAUUAUUUUAAUUGGAGUUGUAUUGCCAUAUAACAUUUAAUUUUAAUUACCGGUGCUACUACGAAUAAGAAACCAGCUUCCGUGUAUAAGAAACAAACGUAAGUCAUGUGUAUAUUGUGCAUCAGAUAAUGUAAGGGAAAAAAAAGACAUGCACAAAAGCAUCCUCAAAUAUGUCCUUUUUUUAAUUUAUGUAUAGAAACCUUUAGUGCAUUUGACACUAACUUUUACACUGAUCACACUGGCUCAAAGUGGAAUCAUAACUUUAUCUAUAUAUUCAACCAUUAUUGGAACUUCAAAUGCAAGUAAUAUGGAUGCAACCAGCAGAACACCUUGCAGGUAGCAGACAUUGUAGAAAUGAUGCAUUGAGAGUGACUCACUUGGUUUUAACUAGCGGAACACACACGCACACACAUUUAUAUACAUUGUGUUUAUUAAGCUAUGACCAUUUACCCUCCUGGGUUAUGCAAGUGCGUGACCAGAUGGGGAACUGUCAAUAUUGCAGGGCGAUGCAGUGAACAGAUAGCUAUGCUGGUCAAUGAGUCAGGUGCUUUUAUGUUGACAGUGUUUGCAAACAGAGUUGUUCUGCUGCAGGCUUUAUGCUUUCUUGUUUUGUGAUUGAGUUAAUCCUAUGCAUAGAGGGUAUUGUACAGUGUAACAUUAUGACCUUGUCUCUACCUUAACAUUAAUUUAAUGGCAUAUGAGAAAGCAGUUAUCAUUUGCCUUUUUCAUGUCCAUGUUAUUGUUCUGUUGUAAAGAUUUUCUAUGAAUUUAUUACCCCUUUCUGACAAUUGAAAGGAAAAGUAUUCUAGAGGGAUCUAGCUCUGCUUUAGAAAUACAGAUCUGCUGUAAAUAUUCACUUAUUUACAGGAAAUAACUGAUCUGUCAAUGGGCUGCAUAAAAAAAUGUUGCGAAACGUUAUGUAUCCAGAGCUUCCUGUCACUUGCAUAGAUUAAUCAAAGGAAGUGUUGUAAUAUACUCUAAUUUUGCUGUUUGUUGCAGCUUCUUAUUUUAUAUAAUCUACGCACUAUAAUUUAGUUGUGACCCACUCUCAAUGCAGACAACGACCUAUUUACUGCACACUUUUUUUUUUCCUUUUUUUUUUCUUUACAGAUGUUUUAGAAAGUAAAGCUGAUGGAAUCUUCAACAUUUACGAAGGGGGAAAAAUAAAUAAUAUAUCAUUAAUGCCGUGUGUGGGUGGCAUUUAUGUAUCACACAUUAAUGACCUAGAUUAUGUAAUCGUCUGCAUUGGGUGGGGGGGGGGGGUCACAACUAAAUUAUAGUGUAGAUUAUAUAAAAUUAAGCUUAUAUAUAGUUAAUGGUGUGUGUGUAUAUACACACAUGCACUGAUCCAGUUUAAGGUGACCACUUUUUUUUUUUUUUUUAAAGCAAAUUCUGUUAUUAAAGUCUUCAUUUAACCCCUUAAGGACCAAACUUCUGGAAUAAAAGGGAAUCAUGACAUGUCACACAUGUCAUGUGUCCUUAAGGGGUUAAAGUUUUAAGUUGUGCUUGGUCUAAAUAUUCCUCUCCACUAAAAGCCUGACGGAUCCGCGGUACAUUAGCCAGCGGUGAAUGUCGAUGGGUAGCGGGCAAGUGGAAAUUUUGUGUUGUAGUGCAUGUGACACUGUCAGUUGUACACACUUCUGUGUAGCAUCACAAAUAAAAUGUAGUACUACUUUGAUUUCCAGUGCAACAGUAGGAAAAAAAUCUGUGUAUAUGGAUUAAAUACCACUUCACUUAUUGAAGACCGCAGAGUGUGGGGCUGUGUGUGUGUGUAUAUAUAUGUGUGUGUGUGUAUUUUUUUUUUUUAAUUAUUUAGCUAAAUGUAUUAGUUUACUCUAAAAGGCUAAGAUUCCAGAUCAUUCUCUGCUAUUGUAUGCUGAAGUUGUUUGUAUCUAUUUUCCUUGUUGCACAGUCAAUAACUGUGGUUACUUGAUUACUUGCUUCCCAAAAAAAAAAAAAAGUAUGUACUAGGAGAAAGUGUGCAAUAAGAUGACAUACAAUCAAACGAAUUUUGAAUGCAUUAAAAUACUUGUUGGAAAAACACAAACUAAAUGUUGAGGUUCCGGCUCACUCUAUACGUGUCUGUGAUUGUGUCCUUCUGCCUAGGUCCACGAUGGGCCUCCUGGAAUAUCGGAGUCUUUUUAUGCAUCCGCUGUGCAGGAGUUCAUCGGAAUCUGGGGGUUCACAUCUCCAGGGUGAAAUCUGUCAAUCUGGACCAGUGGACACAGGAACAAAUACAGGUCAGUGGAAAAUGUCUAAACCACCCCCACAUCUUCUGGUUACACCUGUUUUUAUAAGUCAAUAUAAACUUUGAGCAAGAUAAGCCAUCUACUUUUUGCUGUGUACUUCCUGAAGGUACUGAAUAGUAAACCAGUGAUUAACCUAAAUUCUUUUUUGUCACACCUCAAGGUCUUGGAACCCUAUGGAUUCUUCCUGGGAGUUUGCUUUUGGACAAAUUUUAACUUUCCUUCACCCCUCCCUUUUGUUGUGUAUUAUUUUAUGUCCUGAUUCAGUAUGUUAUGUUUUUAUACAGAUCUCGACAAAUUUGCUUGGACUCUAUUAGUCAGUGAAAUUUUUUUUUAAACUAAGAGCUUAUUUUCAGCAACAAAAAUACAAUUCUUAAAGGGAUGCUAGUCUUCAAAACCACUCCAACUUAAUGUAGUGGGUCUGGUGUUUAUAGACUGUCCCUGUAAGCUUUUCAAUGUAAGCACUGCCUUUUCAAAGAAAAGACAGUGUUUACAUUUCUGCCCAAUAACACCUCUAGAGACAGUCACUCAGGCAGCCAAUAGAGGUGCUUUUUAGUCCAGUGCAGCACAGUGUGUAGUACCUACGUUCAGGGUUUCACUUUCUGCAUGGCGGUACUGAAUGUUUCCCAUAGAUGUACCGUUUUGCUGUGCAUGGGCAGUAACCAUCGAAAUGCUUUCCUAUGGGAACUCUUUGGGUUGACUGAGAUCACCAAGAUUGAUCUCCGCUAUGGAGGUCAGCUAGCCACAAGAGACUGGUAAUGCGUGGGAAUAAAGGUGAGUAAAAACACCUUUCCCAUGCCAACUGGUGGGGAGGGCGUCAUGUCACCUAGGCAGACACUCUCUCUUGCAGACAUGCUCACUGACACACACGCAUUUUAUUAACUUAUUUUUAUUUCAGUCCACCCAGCCCUCUUACCUUUGGAAGAGAUGGAGUGGAUCUUUUCCCUAAGAUCUAGUGUGUGGCUGCUGAAAUCCUCAAGCUCUUCUUGUUCUGCUCCCUCACUCGCCGUUAAGUGAUGCCGAGGCUGGAGUGGCGUCAUAUUCCGUCUCCCAGCAUCGUAGCAGGGAGCGUGUGGGAGCAGAGCAAAAGAUUGCAUGGUGCUAAUUCGCUGCUAUUAAACAAGCUGAUAAAUACCCAGGUGCAAGGACAAUUCCUAUUCUCCAUGGAUUGCAGUAAAGCAACCACUUUCCAGUUGUCAGAUGAAUUUACUGCAGCUCUUUAGUCUUGAACUAGUACUUUUUUAUUCUAGUCAUAGCUGGAGUUGGUGACCUGGCUAAUUUUCGAUUCUUCCUCGUGUUUUUAUUUUUUUCGUAAGCCAAGUGCUAGGGAAUAGGCUGUACGUGAUUAUUCCCUUUUUCAGAAUACAUUUCAUGUUGUCAUAAAGUGUAAAUUUUGAGAGAAAAUUAUUUAUCUAUAACUCCAAAUAUGGCUCUGCUGCACUAAUUCAUCAUCUGGUCUGCCUGAAAUUUCUUCAGUUACAGAAUUGCUAACAUCUGAGGAAGUGAGGUGUGUACUAGUAACAAUUCAAUUAGAGGAACACUGACCACAAUCCUAGGGAUAGAAAUCAAUACCUACUCUUCUAUUGUAUGAAAACUUACUGAGCUGUCUACCAUUUUGGUGAUCAAGAACCUGUGUAUCUGCUUACUCUGUAAUGUAUUUUUAAUUUUUUUUUUUUUUUUUUAAUUCAUAUUUUUUUCUCUCCUAUCUCUGCAGUGCAUGGAAGAAAUGGGAAAUGGAAAAGCAAAACGAUUAUAUGAAGCAUUUCUUCCUGAAAGCUUUACCAGGCCACAGACCGACCAGUAUCUUUUGUAUUGUAACCCAAAUUAUUUCCUAUUCAUAUGUUCCUUUUAAAGGGAUUCUCCAGUGCCAGGAAAACAAUCCGUUUUUCUGGCACUGCAGGUCCCCUCUCCCUCCCACCUCCCAAUCCUGGGUUGCUGAAGGGGUGAAAACCCCUUCAGUCACUUACCAAAGGCAGCGACAUGUCCCAUGUUGCUGCUUCUUCCUUCACCGCUACUCCUCCUCUUCAUUACGUCGGCCGGUGGGCGAGACUGAUCCCGUCCGCUGGCCCGGGGAGACCUAAUGCGCAUUAGAGGUCUCCAUAGGAAAGCAUUGAAAAUGCUUUUCAGUGCUUUGCUAUGGGGAAUUGAGCGACGCUGGAGGUCCCCACACAGCGUGAGGACGUCCAGCAACGCUCUAGCACAGGUUUUCUGUGCUAUAAUCCAGGAAUUGGCUGUCUGGUAGACAGCCACUAGAGGUGGAGUUAACCCUGCAAGGUAAUUAUUGCUGUUUAUAAAAAAAAAACAAAAAAAAAAAAAAUAAAAAACUGCAAUAAUUACACUUGCAGGGUUUAGGAUAGUGGGAGUUGGCACCCAGACCACUCCAAUGGGCAGAAGUGGUCUGGAUGCCUGGAGUGUCCCUUUAAUGCAGGGCCCUCAAAAUGUUUUGGACUAAUGUUCCCAUAAUGCUCUUACAGCCAUAAUGUUAACAAAGCAUCAAGGGAGAUGUAGUCCACAACAUCUGGAGGACCAUUGGUUCCUCACCUCUGCUUUAAGGAACACUCCAGACCCCUAAAGCACAUUAGCUUGCUGAAAAGCUUUGUGUGAAGCGUGUGGCCUUUUUUUAAUGUAAUAUGGGAAAAAAAGGGUAGAUUUCAAAUAAAGUGUGGCUUUUCUAAAUUAACCUGGUUACAACACUUGGCUUUCAAGCAGACAACGGGUCCCACCUGUUACUUUCUGGUUUGGUUAGCUUAGUGGAGCUAAACUUUAGAGGUAGUAAUUGCUCAGAGCACCCGCAUUGCAAAGAUUUCUCAUUGAGCUGCAUUGGAAAGUCUGUGAUUGAAGUCUGGCCUCAGGAAGGAGAGAGACUUUCAAAGGAUGCAGACACGAGAUCUGUAGGUUUUGAAAGCGUUUUUUAGAUAUUCACCCAAUGAAAAAAUGCAUUGGUAAAUUAAUGCACGUUUUCAUUUGGGGUAUAUCUACUGAACAGUGAUUUAAAAAAAAAGUGUUUUGUAUUUAAUCAGUGGAGUAUCUCUAUACUGAUAUAGCUUCCACUGAUAAGAGAAUAUCAUGUACAUCUUUUUACUGAAGUGUUAUUGUGGGGGUCAGUGGGGCAAACAUGGAAAAGACGAGUCACCAAUGUAAUGUACCUACUGGUUGCCAUGGUGAUCACUGCCCCAUUUUAGUGCUAUAGUAAAUUUUUCACAUUUGCACAUAAUCCUCUUGAGUGCAACACCUUUUAAAACUAUUGGACUAUCCCAAGGUAAAUCUAAGAUUGUCAGUUCAUGCAUCAAUUCUCCGCAGUUCUGAGGUUUAAUUAUCCAUUUUAUGUUAGACAACUGUUUCUUUCCUAUUUUCCUUAAUGAAAUUGCAUCAGAGCUGUAGAAAGUUUUAUUAGAGAAAAAUAUGAAAAAAAGAAAUAUAUCGAUCGCAGUGUCGACAUCAAUGCGUUCAGAGUGAGUUUUAUGUCUCCUCCGUUUUUAUACGGUCUCCAUAGAUAUCUUUAUAGUUUAAUACAGUUUCUGGAUUAGUUUUGUCAAGAGUCAAAUUACUUCUGAAAUUUGAAGGGUAAGUAUUUUUAAUGGAUGGUUGAGUGAGUAGAAAACUUUUUAUAGUUUGAGAUUUCCCUCUGCUUUUGGCCUACACUUCUAGCAAAUAACCACAUCUGACUUUAAAAUUUUAAAAAAAAAACAAGUGAAAAAAGGCGCUGAUAACAAUAGUCCUCUAUAAUACCCUUUUAAUGGUGGCACAAUAAAUAUAUCUUUAAAAAGCAGCACCUAAAACACACAAUUAAUAAAAACCAUUCCAAAAUGGGACCAAAACUUUUUUUUAAAGUGCAGCAAAAUGUGAACAAGUGUAAAAUACAUAAAAAUUCAUAUCCCUUCUAAUCGUGCAAAAUAUGGUAAUAAACAUAUGUUGGUCAGAGUACCAAAAAAACAGUGCAAAGGAGUGUAAAUCUGUGAAACAAUAAAACAAAUUAAAAUGGUUAUAAUUUACACUCACAAAAGUAGAGCAGAUAAGCCUGCUCUAACUGUGGAGGCUUCCAAAGAUAUUCUCUGCUCAGGCAAAAAGUGAUAGAAGCGGUCAAUCCACUUUUCAAAUUUAUUGCACAGGUACCAUACAGCAGCUUCGUCCCCAAAAGCCUUUCCCUUAAACAGCAGUCUAAAAGUUCAGAUUACAAUGUAGAUCCGACUUUUACUCGGAGUAACCUGGUAUACCGCAACAUAGACAUCCGGGAAGCGGGGUUACGAUGCGUACGUGCGUGGUCGAGUUUGUUGACUCGUUUACCAGUGUUCACAGUUUCUUCAGAUCUGCCCACUGUUGCCUGUCAACUUCUUUUUAUCCAUGCCUAUAUGGGCGUGUUUUACUAAUCAAUUUAGCAGUCUCAUGCUUAUACUUCUAAGAAGGAAGUUCUUGUGCAAUUAAUUUGAUAUUUCUCAAGAAAAGUGAAUCCAUAGGUUACAAUAUCAUUAAACAUACUUAUCAUACAACCUAUUUAAAUAUUAAAAAUCUUGCACAGUAACUUUAUUAAUGGCUUUAAUAUACACAAUAAACUUUAUUUGGGUGAAAAAAAAAAUUUGAAAAUACAAGACUUAAGAGAGGGAAAAUCUAACCCCACAGUCUUGUGGGACAAAAUGGGUAAUAUGGGCAUAAUCCAAAAAGAGCAAAUUUUUAGAGAAUGCGUACUACUUUUGAGACAGGUUGCAAAGGCGCCUUUGAAGUGCCGGUAGGAUGUUUGUUUUUACUUAGGAUCUCCUUCGUAUGCCUGCUAGAAAUUUUGGAGGUAGCUAGCCUUCACUAGAGCUGACUGAAAGCAAUUAGCUAGAUACUAGUUUAAUCAGAGGCUCACUCCCUCAUGCCUUUAUCUGGCUGCAGUGUUUGUGAUAGCAAGCAGCAGUAGAACUACCUUUAAACAGCAAGUGAGAGGGAUGAUACAGUGAAUACACUAUCAGAGCUGCCUUGAAGCAGCUUGCCAGUUAUCAGGUCGAAUUCAAUGGUAUUUGCUGUAACUGGCUGGGGAACAGUUGUUACUAGGUUAAUGUUAAGGUAUCUGAAUGGGGAUUUGCUUGUGUGGUAUGCUUGGGUCUGGAUAAAUUGAACAUAUUAUACUUUUCUAUGACCCACUAGCUACCUAUAUAGUCCCAAACCCUCUCUCGAACUAUCAUCCCACUUUAUUCCUAUACCUGUUGUACAUUACUAUGCUCCAAGCCGAUAAGCAGUAUAUUGCAAGAUAGUGGGGGGGUGUGACUUGUGAUAAGGUGGGGUGGAAUUCUGUUAGGAGUUUCUACCUUCCUAUCCCUUUCAUCUACACUACUAGCUUACCCCACUCUUCUAUGCAAAUGCUACUCUAAGAAAUUUAAUCUAAUUUAUUGACAAUUAGACCUCUCUUUUGUAUCUCUGCUUCUCAUGCUGUUUUAUCCUAGAAGUGUCUAGAUAUGGCUACUUUGUAGCACAAUGACUACCGUCUAAACAACUCCUGUUUAGAUCAAUCAAGUUAAUUCCCACUCCUCUAUUAGAAUGUAUUCACAGACUUCAAUUUAUAGGAGUUAUACAAGUAGUACUACACUUGGUUGUAUCUAUCCAUUUGAAAGAAAGCUGACAGGCAUCUUAAUUAAUAUUUAUUUUGUUUUACUUUUAUGCAUUUUUUUGAUAAUGUAUAUCGUCUGUAGGGAUCCCAUAUGGGGGUAAUCUGUUUUGACGCUUGAUUCUAGGCCUUUAGACCUGGUAUCCUUUUUCAAAAGUAGUACUCUUUCUUAUUUUUCUUUAUUUGAAAAAAAAUUAAAUAUAUGGAUUAAAAAAAAAGUAUAGAAAAUACCUACUAAAUGAGAGAACUGUAAAUACACUAUAUAUUUUUUUUAAAGUUACACCCAUAUUAAUACUUAAAAGAAUAAAUCUAUUACAAAAAGUCUAAAAUAUAUAUUUUUAAAAAUCACAGGAAAUUAACUAAAUCAAAUUCAAUAUUUAAUCCUUUUGGUUCCAGAGGUUUUUAACCUGUGAAGCCAUUUAAUUUUUCUUUCCAAUAUCCAUAAUAUGGCUACCCCAUGCCAUGACUUUUUUUUUUUUUACUAUUUCAAUUCCUAAGAAAGUAAAUCCUCUUGGGUCUUUAUUAUGGUGUUUGUUUUUUGUUUUUGUUUUUUAAAUGUGGUGAGACACUAUGUUGUUCGUAUCCUUUAAUAAAAUUAUUUACAUGUUCAUAUAUUCUCAUGUUGGGGAUGAAUUGUCCACCCUACAUAUUGACUUUCACAUGGACAUGUUAAGAUACAUUAAAUUUUUACUAAAACAUGUAAUAAAAUCUUGUAUAAAUAAAUACAUAAUCAUUGUUAAGGGUCUGUUUUACUACAUUUGCACCCUGCACAUUUAUUGCAAGAAUAAAAACCUUUUUUUGUCAUCUAAUAAUGUUCUUGGGAUUUCUUUUUUAGGGUGGUUGAAAGUUAAAAUGCGCUUAAAAUUUGGUGCUACUCUGAAAGUAAUAAAAGGGUUUUGCAGGAAUAAUUAUAGAUAACUCAUUAUAAUUUUUUUUUAUUUUAUUUUUUUUAUUUUUUUUGCACAUGCCAGUGUUUAUUUACUAUUGUUUUGAUUUUCUUAAAAUUAAAAACUAAAGGUAAUGAUUUUUCUUUAUGUUCAUUGUAGUUAAAGAUUUUGAUUCUUCUAAUAAUUCUGUUGGAUCUAAAUUUUAAAACCUCAUUGUAAGCUUUUUAUAAAAGAUGUUGUGGAUACUUUUUUUGGUUAAAUGUAUCCAUUAACACAUUGGCUUGUUCCUCAAAUUUUUCUGUCUGUGCAAUUCCUCCUAAUCCUUUGGAAUUGCACUUUUGGGAUAUUGUUCAACCAAGGUGUGUAAUGGCCACUAUUGUACAGAACAUUGUUUGCUUCUACUUUUUUUUUUUUAAUUUUGUUUUUUUUUUUAUAUCUAUCUAUCAUAUUUUCUAUAUACAUUUCCAAAUCUAAAAAUGUAAUAGUAGACUUACUAAAAUCACUAGUUAGGGUAAUACCCCAGUUGUUUGUAUUUUAUCUUUCUUAAAAAAAAAAAGUUUAAGAUUCUCUUUAAAACCUUUCCAUAUUAAAAUGAUAUCAAUAAAUCUGUGAGAUGUGACCAGGUUUGCCCCCUAUUCUUUACUGUCAUAUACAAAAGUGUUUUCCCAACCUGACAAACAGGUUGGCAUAACUAUGGGCAAACCUGGUCCCCAUCGAAGUUCCUUGGCGUUGUAGAUACAAUUUUGAAUUAAAUAUAAAAUAAUUACUUUAAAUCCAAUUAAUACUUUCAAUUAAAUUGUGUAUCUGGGAAAAUUUUAUUUGACUUAAUGAAACAUUAUUUUAUCACUAGGCAAUCCAGACCAUGAGGGAUAAUGUGUAUAUAAUGAGGAUACAUCACUUGUUACUAAAAUAUGAUUUAUCCCAUUUUAUUUAAAAAAAAAAAAAAAAAAAAUAUUAACAUCUAGACUAGAGUGUCUUUCAGAUAGGAAGGUAUUUGUUUCACUAGAUUUUAUAGCCAAGUAUCUACACAUUUAGAUAAGUUAGCAGAAGUUGAUUCAAUGCCUGAAACGAUCGGUCUUGGGGUGGAGGGAGUUAUCUAUCUUGACGCACAUUUGGCAGGGUAUAGAAGACUGGCAACAUAGGAAACUCCUUUCGGAGUAUCCUCAUUUAGGAUGCCAACUUCCUUACCCUUAUACAAAAGUGCAUAUAAGGAUUCUUGUAUAUCUUGCAAGGGAUCUUUAUCUAAAACUUUAUACACUUUAUCUUGUAGUUGUUUAUAACAUUCUUUUAAAUAAGUAUCCGUAUUCUGAAUGACAAUACUAACUUCCUCCCUCCCUUUAAAUAUUCUAGAAUUUUAACUUUAAAAAUAUUUUUUUUUCAGUUAAUAAAUGUAAAGACAGAAUUAUAGAUGAUACUCAUACUACACUUAAAAACAAGUCUAGUUUUUAUCCUAGAUAUUUUAGAACAAGUGCUAUCGAAAUCUUUGAAAAAUCAUUAAUAGAAGAUUUUGAACAAUUACAAAGAGAGAAUAAAAAUAGCAAGAAUAAUUUUAAUGAAAGAAAAGCCUUAUAACAAAGAUAAUAAAGACAUUAUCAUAAAACCAACCAAUAAGGGGGGGAGGGGGAGUAUUGUCAUUCAGAAUAAUCUAGGUUUCAUUCACUUAAUCUAGGCAAAAAUAAUGGGGGUUUAGUUACAUUAUAUGAUACAUUGCAUAAGCCUGCCACAACGUCAAUGUACCCCGUCUUUGGCAAGGCCUACUCUAACAGCCUAAUGUCUGCUCUUAUGAGGUUAACCCACUUACGGGGGGAGGGGGAGGAGUGCAGGGAGGGAGAGAGAAAUAAUUCCAUCUGGAGCUCUCUGUAGUACAAUGCUAAAUAGGGCCCUGGGAUGAGGCACCUGUGACUCAUACCAGGAGAGAGAGAGAUAUAUAGAUAUUAUUUUUUUUUUUUUAGUAAAUAUAAAAUAAUUAUUUAAAAUCCAAUUAAUACUUUCAAUUAAAAAAUUCUAUGUUUAUCUCUGACAAUUUGCAUUAAUUAUUCUUUUAUCACUUGGCAACCCAGAUCAUGAGGGAUAGAUGUAUGUAAUGAGGAUACAUCCCUUGUUACUAAAAUAUAUAUUUAAAAAAAAAAAGAUGGGAUAAAUAAUAUUUUAGUAACAAGUGAUGUAUCCUCAUUACGUACAUCUAUCCCUCAUGAUCUGGGUUGCCAAGUUUAUAUUUAAUUCAAAAUUUUAUCUACAAUGCCAAGGAACUGUGAUGGGGACUAGGUUUGCCCCUAGUUAUGCCAACCUAUUUGUCAGGUUGGGAAAACACUUUUUUGUAUAUGACAGUAAAGAAUGGGGAGCAAACCUGGUUACACAUCAGAUUUAUUGAUAUAAUUUUUAUAUGGAAGGUUCUGAAGAGGAUCUUAAACUUUUUUUUUUUUUUAGAAAGAUUAAAUACAAACUGGAGGUGGAGCCUGAACGCAGAAGUGAGUGGUCGCAAAUCUAAGCGCUCCGGCACAUAGCUAAGACAAUCUGUUUCCUAGCCACCUUCCAGCCAUCGGGACCCGGGGAACACAAAGCCUAACCGACAUGGGGAGGAAGAAUAAAAAGCAAAGACCCGACAAACCAAACCUGGGGAUGACUAUCGACGAUAUGUGGCACAGGGCGCGACAGGGCCUUAAAUGGCCGCCCUCUCAGACUGUUAAUCUGAUUUCUCUGAGGAUUACUCUGGUGGAAUGGAGGAACAGACCCCGCGGGUGGCAACACAGACUGCAGCACAGCCCAGACAAACCUGACAGUGCACUGGUGACCAAAGUGGUGCUGCAGGAACUCCUGGCUGACCUCCAGAAACAUAUCACAGCUGAUGUGGCAGCGGUCCGCAGCGAUAUACAGGGCCGCAUGGGAACUCUAGAGGGCACAACCACCCAGAACACCCAGCAUAUAACACUCCAACGGGAGAUGGCUGACCUACGUACACAAAACUUGAUGCACGAACGCCGCUUCGCAGCGCUGGAAGACACCAGGCGCCGCAACAAUCUAAAGGCACUUCACAAGUCGGCUGUUUGAGACCUUGCUGCCACCAAAACAAGCCGGAGCAAUGCAGCUGGAGGGUCUUUUCUGCAUCCCAAGAUCCAACAAGGCUCCAACUGCAGGACCAAGGGACCCCGUGGUCCAGUUCAGAAGCGGAGCAGACAAGACCGCCGUGCUUAAUGCCCUGAAGGGGAAAACCCCUUACCACAAUGACUUUCACCUUUUUACGCUGACCUCUCAGGGAAUACCCUAGCUUGGAGCAGACAAGACCGCCUCAGACCGCUUACUACACUCCUUCAACAACACAAUGUGAGGUACCGCUGGCGCCCCUCCCGCAUGCUGCAGGUCUACCAUAAUGACACCACUCAUCAUGUCCAAGAGCUCCAGGAGGCCAUGGCCUUGCUGCACAUAUUGGGACUGCCUAUGGACUCCCUCGACCACAAACCGGGGAAGCAACGUACCCAUAACUGGGACCCAAAUCGGAUCACCCCCUUCGUUCCGCCAAAACGCACGCUGGAACAGUACGCAUCAGCGACCACUUGAACUUUGACUGAAGUUCCCAACACCAUACCCAUGGAAAAUCCCAUGAACUGGAUGUCACGCUGGCCUACUGGAAUUGUGUACUUACUUAUCUUGUCUCUCCUCUUCCCUUUACUUCUAUAAUAAACUGUUGAAUCUUCCUUUGCAAAUUAUCUCUCACCCACAUACAAUGGCGGGGCUCCCAAUGCACGCAACCUGUACACCCUCAACGCCCCUUAGGUGGCAAGAAACACAGAGGUUACAGGCAUCCAUGACCGCAGGGCCACACAACAAUAAAGGCCAGCCCCUGAAGCUGCAUAGGCCCUUGCAGAGUCGCACACCUAAUCUGACACCACACAAAUGUCUUACAUACCUCUUCACUGUACAAUGCUGGCUUAGUAUUAAUGUGUUUUUAUUAUUGCUACUUUUUUUUUUUUUUUUUAAACCCUAUCUCAGGUAUGCUCCAAAGCACGACACGAUUAAUGUCACCAUAAUUUUUUUUGACCUCAUGUUGCUCACUAGGCAGGCACAGCCGGGCACUAAGCCAAUGUACUCGCCUUCAUCACAAAACACCUUAUCACUGCCUUAAUGCUUACAAAUUGUGUAAAAUGUUUCCUGGUCGCAGGCUGUUGGGGCUUGUGUGUAUUAAAGUUCUUGUGCACGAUUUUUUUUUUUUUAAAUAUAUUUUUUAAGAUUUAAAUAGGUUGUAUGAUAUGUAUGUAUGUAUGUAUGUGUGUAUAUAUAUAUAUAUAUAUAUAUAUAUAUAUAUAUAUAUAUAUGUAUGUUUAAUAAUAUUGUAACCUAUUGAUUUGCUUUUAUUGAGAAGUAUCAAAUUGCACAAGAACUUCCUUCUUAGAAGUAUAAGGAUGAGAUUGCUAAAUUGAUUAGUAAAACACACCCAUAUAGGUGCGCAUAAAAAGAAAUUGACAGGCAACAGUGGGCAGAUCUGAAGAAGCUGUGAACACUGCUAAACGAGUCAACAAGCUCGACCACGCACGUACGCUUCUUAACCCCACCUCCCGGCUGUCUAUGAUGCGGUAUACCAGGUUACUCCAAGGAAAAGCCGGAUCUACGUUGUAAUCUGAACUUUUAGACGGCUGCUUAAGGGUUUUGGGUACGAAGGCUUUUGGGUACGAAGCUGCUGUAUGGUACCUGUGCAAUAAAUUUGAAAAGUGGAUUGACCGCUUCUAUCACUUUUUGCCUGAGCAGAGAAUAUCUUUGGAAGCCUUCACAGUUAGAGCAGGCUUAUCUGCUCUACUUUUGUGAGUGUAAAUUACAACAAUUUUUAAUUUUGUUUCAUAGAUUUACAAUCUUUGCACUCAGUUCGUGUUUUUCCUGAACGCACCGUACACCUGAAAUCUGACAAUUCAGAAGGCUUCCACGUCAGAAAUACAUUUUAUCCAACCAUGCUAUAACGUGAUCUGCUUUUCACUGCAUUAUAACUGUACCUAUGCAAACUACACGCAUUUUCGCUUUAGAUUAUCACAUUCAUUCUAAGACGCAAUGGCACCCGGUUAUAUGGUUGCAGAGAGUUCAGCUGCUGAUUAGAUUACUACUUACAUAAUUUAUGACCACACAUGCAUUAUAACUGUACUUAUGCAAACUACACGCAUGUUCGCUUCAUAAUAUUCAUCAUGUAUGUGUACUUUGACCUAUAUGCCUCUGCGAAGGCAACCAUGUGCCUUAUAUAUGCCAUAUGCCUGCUAUUACUGUGCUUUCAAAAAACAAUAAAAACCAUUUAACACAACAUAUGACAUUUAGAGUGAGUGUACAGUUUUACCACAUUUUGCACUUAAUGCACGAUUAGAAGUGAUAUGAAUUUUAAUGCAUAUUGCACUUGUUAACAUUUUGCUGCGCUUUAAAAAAAGUUUUUUUGGUCUUACAGACACAGCGCACCUAUAUUGGAAUUGUUCACAUCUGAUUUUAGCUGAUCAGUCAGUACCCCUGACUUGUGAAAACUACUCUAUAUAGGUACUCUAUAUGAGCACAGUAUGAGAAACCUUGACAUGGGGAGAAAAUGUGACAUACAAUGUACUGAAGCCAGAUUAUUUUUUAUUUUAUUUUUUUGUUAAUAGGUGUAGAAAAGGCAGCUUGUUUGGAAUCUAGUCUUUGUGGUUUGUUUGUGGGUUCUUUUUUCUUUACAAAAUAACUUGAAAAUAAGUUCUUUUAGCAAUGGAGAUGUUUCAUACCCUCCCCUUCUUUUAUAAUUUUUUUCGUUCUUGGGAGUGACCGUACUUUACAAUGUUCCAAUGUUUUAGAUGUAAUGUAUUGCUGGAGCUAACAUUAAAGGGUUGUUAUGCUAAAUUAUGUCCAUUAUUUUUUUUUUAAGCAGAAAGAGAGAGAAAGCAAGUGGAAGAAAUCUGAAUCUGCCCCAGAUAUAAAGUCUGAACAGGUCAUAUUUGAGAAGGUCAAGCUGGUAUGUUCUAAUUUCUCAGGAAUAUCUCUAAAGUAGAAUUGUAUUAAAACUAUAGCCAGGGUAUUCAUUCUAAAUGAGUUGAUUAAUUGCAUACAAGAUGACAUAAGCAACCACGGAGCUACUUGCUGCAAACAAUGUUUCCUAUUUUGAUAUUUAACGAUAAACCCCACUCACUACACUUGUAUCAAUACUCAACACAGUGACCAUAGAUGUGGGCUCUGUGCUGUAGAACAGUAUCGGUGGGGGUUGAUAGACAAGCAUUAAUAUUUUUCUGAAUAAGAAAUAAAAAUAUUUAUUCUGCAAUAUUGCGAUUGUUUGCAAUACAAAUUUCCAUACACUUGAGAAAAAUGUUUUAAGUCUAGAUAUUGCAUGUAUGCAUUCCUUUAUGUACACCUUUUUGUGUACACAAGGGUGGCAGUAUCUAGAGAUGGAGAUGGAAAAAUAUAUAGAAAGGGCAAUUGCUAAGUCAGUGUUUGGUUUAGGUUGCCAGAAUUCUGACUAGUAUAUACUUUGAAUAUUUUGCCUGGCAAUACAAAGAGAAUGGCUGCACACGUCAAGAAUACUGCACUCUUAAUGCUCCAUGGAUGGGAGCAGCACACUCCCAGUAAUCUGAUUUAUCAAAGAGAAAUUUGGGGACACAAAUCCCAGAAAGAACAGGUUUAAUGGAAACCAGCUACAUGGCAAAUUUUCCACUCUAUUUUGGAUUAUUUCCCAAGUUAAUAAGGGACUUUAAAAAGAUUCCUGUAAGAAGUCAAAAUGUUGCCCUCUGGCUUGUCUCCAUUAAAGCUGAUCUUUCUGCAACUUGUGUCCCAGGAUUUCGUUGAUACUACUGGCAUUCAAAAGGAGACCUAAAAGGACACUAUCAGGAGAAUAUGAUGUGAUGCUAAACACCUUGGGAUGCUCUUUGAUAACACAUUUGUGAGUUAUUUAACAGGUGGGAAGGGUUGGUGGAGCUGAAGAGUUUUCAUUCUUAUUUCCUUUAGGCCUUGAUCCCUGGAUGUUAAUGUCUUUCCUGCUAUUGUCCAACUAAUGGUACUCAUUUGAUCAACUUUAGAUGGAUGAAGAGCAGUGGUGACCCUGUCAGGAAUCUUUCAUCUGUUCCCGAUAUUUCAAAAUGUACUAGAGCUGCUAAAGUGCUAACACUGAGCUGUCUCACUUGGCUGUGUUUACAGAACUGUCUCCCAGCCUGUAUAUUGAUAUGUGAUCUGUACUGGUUGGAUUAAUUGUUUGCAGGUUAUUAAUAGUUGGUGUUGAUAUGUAUUGGCUAACUUGCACGUUGGUAAACCUAAUGCUUUUUAUCAAGCAAUGGUUUGUAUGUACAGCAAUAUUAUAAAUUGACAGGCAACCUUGAGAACUUUACCCAUAAACUAUUAUUGUAAGCAUCUCUGUGAUAUCCUCGUACAUAUAUAAAUACUAGCCUAGAUGUCAGUUAUCUUUUGUACAUUUGGUUUAUUUGGAACAUACAAUUUUUAAGACCAGCAUUCACAGCAAGUCUUUGUUACAGAGAAAAUGGCUUAUGCCAGUAUCUUUAACUUACCUGUUUUUAAUAUUUUGAGAUAUAUUACUUUAUAUAUAAACAAAAACAUUUUUUUUAAAGCUUAUCCAAAAUAAUGAAAUCAAGGCCAUAGUCCGAUCUAGUUUAUGCCAUACAUAUGCGCACUGAGUAUAAACUAUACAUAUCCCAAAAGUUGCUGGCAGAAACACUGUUCUUGGUGGUCCUCUUUCCCCAUGUUUCUUGUACUCUUCCCUUAUCAGGAAUUUCGUUCCUUUUUGUAUUCUUACAUACGUGUGAAAAUACAAAAUGGGCUUCUAUGGAAUUUCGCACAAGAUGGCUAAAAAUAGACUCUUCCUCCAUGUGUACAUUUACAUUGCAUAGUGUGCUAAACAAUACCAAUUGAGGUACACACCUGCAACCCACAAAGAAUUCUAGGGCUUUCCAGUGGAUUGAAAAAAGUAAGCUUCUAAUUAAAUGGUCGUAGUCCAGACUUAUGUCCAGACGUACGUAUUUAGACAUAUGAAAGGCAGGGAUUUAAUUAAAAAGGUAUUGAUAAAUAUCUUGCAUAUUUCAAUUUCUACAUAUGUAUCUUAGAGUUUUUAAAUGUUAACAUUCGUCUUGGACUUUCUUUCUCUAGCCACAUAAAAAGGAGGAUCCUCUGCCUACUAAGACGCCUCCUCCAAAGACUUCAGAACCAGUUAUGGACCUUUUAGGCCUGGGUAAGCUUGGGUAUAAAUGCUGCAUGCCUGCAAAAUCAAUACGUGUAAAAUGAUGAAUAUUUAUUGAAAAGGAAAAAAAUACUUUUUUACCCACACUACUGAAGACUACUUCAGAUUUUUAAAAAACCUAUUUUAUUCUUGAUUUUCAUUUUUUUAUAAAAAUAUGUAGGCAGCCAUGAUUGGUUGAUAUUUUAGUUAUUUUAAAUACAAGACUGGUGUAAUGAUUGCAAUAUGUCAUCUGUUGCUUUGGUUUUUUUGUAGUUCUGUUUUUUGUAACUUGUGGUGUCUUACAUGCUCAGGAAGGUGCACAUUCAUCUCUAGCACUUUGAGCAAUUUUUCAUAUCUGGGCUCAGAUGAGAUUUAAAUUAAAGGGACACUGUAGUCACCAAAACUAUUUUAGCGUAAUGAAGCAGUUUUUGUGUGUAGAUCAUGCCUAUGAAGUCUCACUUCUCAAUUUCCUGCCAUUUAGGAGUUUAAUCACUUUUGUUUCUGUUUAUGCAGCCCAAGUCUCACCUCCCACUGCUGUAACUAACACAGCCUGCAUGAAAAAACUUUUUCAUUUUCAUAUAGAUGUUGCUUAGUUUAAAUGUUGUUUUUUGUUUUUUGUUUUGUUUUUUUUGUCUCCUGCUCUGUAAAUUGAAUUUAAUCACAGGAGGCUGCAUCAACAUCUAGCAAGCUAACAGUGCAGGAGAUAAGAAAUUCUAAUUCAAAUAGAAUUUGCAGUAAAGGAAUUAUAAACAUUAGAUGACUCUUUACAGGAAGUGUUUAGGAAGGCUGUGUAAAUCACAUGCAAGGAGGUGUGGCUAAGGCUGAGUAAAUAUUGUGACUUGACACCUAAAUGGCAGAGAAUUGAGCAGUGUGAUUGCAGGGGCAUAAUCUAUACACCAAAACUGCUUUGUUAAGCUAAAUUUGUUAUGUUGACUAUAGUGUUCCUUUUAACUUUUUUUUUUUUUUAGUGUAAAAAUGUCCAAAGCAGGUUCUGUGUCUCUCUUCUGUAUAGUCUACCUGUAGAAGAAUUAGACACCGAAUUAGAGACUGACUUGAUUAUAGCAUCUGUUGCAUUUAGUAAAUCUGAGCUAUGGACUUUUUCACCACCAGGCAGUUGGUUCUGUGCCCGUACCUGGAAGUUGUGGAUCGUAGAUUUGGGGACUCUAGUGUUCCUUUGAAGUAUAAAGCAUUAGAAAAACAAACCUGCAAUAUUUUAUAUUGCAGGGUUAAAAUGACAAGACCACUGCCACCAUACUACUUCAUUGAGAUGAAGGGGCUUGGGUGACUUUAGUGGUUCUUUGUGUGUGGUGUGUUUUUUUUUUUUUUUUUUUUUUUUUUUUUUUUUUUUUUUUUUUUUUUUUGUUUUUUUUUUUGUUUUUUUUAAUCCCAUAUCUGAGAAAUUAAAUUCCUAUAAAGACAGAAUGCAUCUUGUUUCUGGCUGAUUUUUGGGAUGUAUUGGACCUUCCAUGACUACAGCCUAAUCAAGUUUUCAGUGUCUCCUUAUUUUGAGCUAUUACCAAUUAAUGUUUUUCCUUUGAUUUAGAUGCUCCUGUUGCAGCUGCUGUUCCUAAUGGAAAGUCCUGCACCAGCUUGGAAAAAGAAUUGGACCUGUUUGGACCUGUCCAGACUAUGUCUGGCUCAAAGUCUAGCCAGGUAACGAGACAAAGACAAAUGUUAACACAUUAAGGAACAUUUCACACACACAAAGUCUCAAAUGUCACUAUAUGACUUGAUUAUAGCAUCUUUUGCAUUUAGUAAAUAUGAGAUGUGAACUUUUUCACCCUCAGGCAGUUGGUUCUGUGCCUGUACCUGGAAGUUCUGGAUCUGUUCCUGAAAAUCUCAACCUGUUCCCAGAAAGUGGAGGAAGAUCUGAGGAGAGUGGGAAGAAGCAGCUAUCCAAGGACACAAUUUUGUCUCUUUAUGGGACUCAACCUCCUCAGAUUCCAGCACAGGGUAUAAACUGAGCAUAUUUCUACUGGAGCAAUUUCAUUAUCUAGACUUCAAAGCAACUGUCACUUUUGAGCUUUCCAAAAAGAUAGAAUCUGUAAAGAGAAUGAAAUGCUAUUUCUGGUGUUUUUUGGAAUCUAGUUGAAAUUCCAAGUAAUCAAAAUGUACGUGAGAAAAGGUAAUCGUCUGUUUAAUGUAAUUGCCAAGAGACAAUUUCCACUGCCAUUUCCCAAAUGUGCAGAGAACCCACAAAUAACAAUGCUGCUUUAUUGAUCAGGUAUUCUGAUGAAUUUGACAAACCAUGGCUUCAUUUUUUGCAAAUGUUUUGCCCUAACAUUUGUAAACUUUGUUCUUGUGUUUUUUGUUUCUUUCCUUCUUUCCUCUUCUGCAGGAGCCCUCUUCAUGGCACCUGCACAGAUGGCAUAUCCAACUGCUUACCCUGGUUUUCCAGCAGUUCCUCCUCCAGGCAGUGUCAUGAGUGGUAUGAUGGCAUCGCCAGUGGGCAUCAUGGCACAGCCGACCCACCCAAAUAUGGUUGCUCCCAUGGCUAUGCCUGCUGGUUAUGUUGGAGGUGUACAGGCUGCUGUCAUGGGUGUUCCCAAUGGAAUGAUGACACAACAUUCGGGUUUUGUAACCAACAUGGGUGCUAUGGCACAGCCAGUAUAUGGCGUGCAACCAGGACAACAACUGCAGUGGAAUGUUGCUCAGGUAAGGGCCUGUUGUUUUCAUACUUUCUUAGCAUAUUGGUCAUUCAAACCGCUCUGUCAAACCCCUCCCCUCCCCCAAAUAAAAAGGAAGCAUUUCAUAAAGCUAACAUACUGAAAUUCCAAUCCAGUCAAAAGAUCCCUAAAGACAAGGUAGGGUCGGCUUUGUUUUACAUAUUUUUUGUGCACUUGGCAAAAAGGCGGAGCUUCCGCUAUCAUGCCCCACAGCUAAGGUGGGGGUAGGGAUAUUGUUAAUGGAGGCACCCACUGUCUUGUGACAUUAGUGUUGUACUCUUGUGCAGCACUGGAAGUGGAGCAGUCACAAUGUGGUAGUCUUUGAAUAUACAAAUACCACAUAAGUUGACAGAGCCACUUUAAAGAACAAGUGUUAACUUAUCUGCAAAUUACAACGUUUGAAUAAAGCCUUUUACCUUUUUAUCAAUGUGAUGGUCUGUGGGUUUUUUUUUUUUCUUUUCUUCUAUUUAUAAUAAAGAUUUAGCUCUUGAAAACAAUCCAGUUUAUUCCAGGCACAUCCAGGAGAAGCAUUGCCUUUGGGGGGGGGGGGAGGAGAAAUGUUUCUGGGUUUUCUCCUCUUUUAUGUUAGGGGACCGCAGCAAAGAGCCAAGCAUAUAACCAUGAUUAAUCAGUAGCCAAGAUGGAGGCACUCUAGAUAGAGCUAAACUCAUUGUUGUGGAUUUUUAAAUUUCAUUUUAUUUUUCCUUAUUCAUAAAAAUACAUUUGUAACACACAGGGAUAAGUAAACAUACUCCUUGUUAAUUAUGCUGACUUUUUGUUUAGGUUGAAUAUCUGCUUACAUACUUGUAUUUCCUUUAAGGGUUCUUUACAACUGCUGACUUUUAAAUUCGAAUAGAAGUCAGAUUUUAUGCUAGUCAUUUUGUUUCACUUUGGUUUGUGGCCAACCUGUGAAUUAUGGUAAACUUGAGUUCCCUGACGUUUUAACCAAUGAAACACUUCUGUGUGUUUACAUUUCCUACAUCAGUGCCAUACAUGUAUGUGAACAUGUGCAUAUUGUACUGAAACAUGUAACUAAUGUAUAUGGCUUGUACUGGCUUUAUAGUAGUGUCGUUUUGUUUUCCUCCUCUUAUUGUUUGUUUUUGUAUCAUUUCAGGUGUCACAACAGAUGGCAGGAAUGACCUUUUUUGGUGUGGGAGGUAUGGCUGGAUAUGGACAACCAACAUGCAACCCAGGACCAAACCAAACGAUCAGCUCUCCCAUGUGGAAAUAAAUAGGCAUCCUGCUCACCUGACUAACUCCCCACUCUUCCUGUCCAGCUUGUCCACCCUGUUCUUAAAGAUUGCUAUUUUCUGGAUACUGAUAAAGCUUUCUUCCACUUUUAAUCUUUUUGAGCCAUUAUUUUCCAAGAAUACACACAAACACACACCUCUGUCAAACAGUUCAGUUUUGCCUUUGUUCUUCUCAGUCUACUAUAGAACAAGGUGAUACUGAGUAUUGCUGUUAGAAUCCACCAGCAUUCCUAUUGUGUUGAUACAUCCUGCAGUGACCCAAACCCUUUGCAACAUAAACGCAAUGCAUCCUUUGCUCUGCUACUCACUGCAUCUCGCAAGUGUCUUUCACUUUUAAGGUGACAUUUCCAGACAGACAGCAAGAGGUGGUUGCUGCUACCAGCUGAGUACAUACUCAUGUAAUGUGGAAAAGAUCUACAUUGCUUAGAAAAUAAUACACCAGCAACCUUGUGCAUUUGCAGGCAUGUCUGUGUAUUCCCCUGUCUGUUACAAGCCUGGAAUCUGUCAGCAGCGUCUAUUUUUCGUUCUGCUGUGAUGGCAAAUCUGCACUCAGGAGGUGGCUGCAUGCAUUUUAUCAUAAUAAGGCAUCCUUUUAAUGCAAAAAAUAUAUAUACAUAUAUUUUCUUUUUAAGAUUGUAUUUGUAAUUUUUACAUCUCUAGUGAUGGAUUUUGUUUUUAACCCUUCUGCCCCACCACAGUGAGUUUAACAUGUAAUACAGUGUACAUUUCUAGGACUGGUGGAUUUUAAGGGAAUGUAGGCAUUUUGUGUGAGGUUCUCCACCCGUUCCCUGUUGUAUGAGCCCCCACGGAGGACUGAUAUUGUCGUGUAGAAUGAAUCCAAUAAAAUGAACGUGCAAAGAUUUUUUUUUUUUUUUUUUUUCAUCUCUCCCAGGCAUCUCUAGCAGUGACAGCAUGUGUUGUUUUUGUUUCGUCAAAGCCAUAUAUAAUUUCUAUGAAAAGUACCUCAUUUUUCUAAUCUACUUUAGAAAAAAGAUGUGUGGCUAAUCUUUAUAUCUUCCUGAUCUUUGUUUGAAAGGAUUUUUAUUUAGCUUAAUAUUUCCUCUUUGUUGGCUAGUAAAUUUUAACGAGAAGAAUGCAAGUUUACUAGCAACUUCAUUCUGCUAAGGUUUCUGAAAAUUCAUAUCAAAGUCUUUUCAGGAAGGAUGUUGCACUGAGAAUUUGUCUUUAGUUGCUUUUUUUUUUUUUUGACAGUGUUUUUAAGCCUUAUCUUUCCUCACUGGAAACUGACACUGUACGGCUUUUUGUUCGAUGGUGCAUCAUCUAGUAUUUUUCUUCCUGUAGUAAUUUCCGAUAUGCCAGAUCUAAUUGAUUUGGAGUCUUUCUGCUUAUUCCAAGCAAACCAUUUCAGACAGGGCUGGGAUUACAAUGUCUGUGACAUGCUGUUUUUGUGAACCCCUGCUGAUUUUGAAGGCCUUAUUAAAGAUCCAAAUAAGGUUUUAGCCAACGGUCAACCCCAUCAACCUUCCAUUUUCAGACCGUUAUUGAUUUAAUUUACUAUUUUGCAGUCUGAAAAAAUGUAUGCAUUACCUAUUAGGACAUUCCCUUUGAGAGCUAGUAAAUAUUAUGUUUUUAAAUCUUAGGCCUAGUGACCUAAAUGCAGUUUUUUGUUUUUUUCCACCUUGCUAUCAGAAUAUAAUCUGCUUGUAUUAUCUUAAAUUUUUUGUUUUGUAUCCAUUGAAAUAUUAUACCUGCAAAUGUAGAGGAGAGCAGAGGGGGCUGGACUCGCAUGCCAACAUAAGUUGAGAUGGUCUUAAUACUAGAUUGUAUCUCUGUACGUUUAACGUAGAGUACUCUAAUAAUCCUAAAGUCUAUUUGUUUUGUUGGCUUAACAGCUGAACCAAAUUUCCUUUAAACAAAAGUUCUCCAUUUACCGUAUGUGCUGGGAAAUAUUAUGAAUGUGAAAUAUUUGCACUUUUUAUUUUUAAAAAAUAUAUGCUAAUUUUUGUAAUUUUUUUAUUUUUUUUUUCCUGUUUUUAACUUUCUUUGCUACAGGGACUGCGAAGCCUUUUAGUCUCUACAGCAAUAAGAGUUGAAGGAAUUUUAAUUUAACCAUAAAUCUUAUAUGGAACUUUAAGUUAUAAAACAUUUGUAAUGCAGAUAACCUUAGCUGUGUACAAAAUAUAUUGUGUUCAUUUUAAUGUGUGUAAAUUUACAUUACUUUGUUUCAUUGUAUCCGCGCUUUUAAAAAUUUUUUUUUCCUUUACUUGAUUGUAUAGUAAUGGUUUCUGAAAAAUUCAACUCUGGUCUUAAUUUAAGGUAGUGUAAAUCUGAUCCAGAGGCAGCUACACAUCUGUGUAUAUGUACAUUCCAAAUUAAAGAUUGUCAUUGAACAUUAUAUUGCUUCUCUUUUGUUAACUCUGCAAAAUGAUAUUAAGUCCUGAAAUAACUGGUAGUGUCAGUCACACCAAAUAAAAUCUGAAAGAAUUCUACUG